GAACAAAGCCAACUCCAUUUUGCUCUUCCAAGUAGGAAACUGAGUCACUACUGAGUAGAAAAAAAGCAGACUGAACAACAACAAAGCUUCAUGUAGAUUCCACUUCCGCGUCGCCAACUCGUUUUCCCCCAACUCACCCGAGUCCACUCUCAUGGCCAACAACCCUUCGGACGCUCCCGCCGCCGACGACUUCCUCGAGCAAAUCCUCGGCCUCCCGCCCUUCGGCUCCGGCGACUCUGGCUUAGUCGGACCCGACAUCGGACUUGCCGGUACGGCUCCGAUGAUGCUUCAGCUCAACUCCGCCGAUCAUGGCAACCAUCAUCACCUCGCCGCCGGUGGUCCCUUUCAUGCACCUGUGUACCAGUUAGGGUUGAGCUUGGACCAAGGGAAAGUAGUAGGAGGAGGAGGGUUCUUGAAGCCCGAGGACGCUUCUGGUAGUGGAAAGCGUUUCCGUGACGACGUCGUUGAUGGUAGACCUAAGAAUGUUUAUCAUGGGCAGCCCAUGUCUACUACGAUGCCUGCUGCUCCCCAUCCUCCAGCCAUGCGUCCUAGGGUGCGGGCUAGAAGAGGACAGGCUACAGAUCCACACAGCAUAGCUGAAAGGUUGCGCAGAGAAAGAAUAGCAGAAAGAAUUAGGGCAUUGCAAGAGCUGGUUCCAAGUGUCAACAAGACUGAUAGAGCCGCCAUGUUAGAUGAAAUAGUGGAUUAUGUGAAGUUCUUAAGGCUUCAAGUGAAGGUUUUGAGCAUGAGUAGAUUGGGCGGAGCAGGUGCAGUGGCACCACUGGUAACUGAUAUCCCAUUAUCGUCAGUGGAGGAAGAAGGCGGUGAAGGUGCGAGAAACCGACCAGCUUGGGACAAGUGGUCAAAUGAUGGUACAGAAAAACAGGUAGCUAAGCUUAUGGAAGAAAAUGUUGGGGCUGCCAUGCAAUUUCUUCAAUCAAAGGCACUCUGCAUCAUGCCCAUCUCACUGGCAUCAGCAAUAUACCAGUCACAACCACCGGAUAGCUCUAGUAUGGUCAAGCCGGAAACUAAUCCUCCUUCAUAAAUCUUAGGCACACAUGUUGCACAAUCUAUUGGUCCCAGAAAGGGUUCACCUAAUACUACUGGGACCUAGGAGCUAUUUGUCUGUUCCAAACCCCAUUAAUUAAGUCAUUGGCAAGCAUCAAGUUGCAAUCAAAGUCAGAUGCCAUAAUUAUUUCUUUUUUGCCUUUCUUUCAGCUUUUGUCCAUACAGGGUUCAAUGUCAAUGCCUUAGAAAAUACAAGCAGACCCCUUUGUUGUCUUGCCAAGUAUCAAGUAAAGAGGAAGAAAUUGUCAAAAGUUCACUUGAUGCACUGUUCUCUUUUGUGUUAAUGGGUGGGAGGUAGUGGAAUGUGAUCAAUGCGCUUUGACAGUGGGGCUUAGUUUUUUUUGUAGUGGGCUGUGGGACCUUCUAAAGGGUUAGAGUGGUGUGUAUAUUUUUAAUAGUGAUGUAGCACUAGAGGAUUUGAAUUUUAGAGGUGAAAUGGAUAAUAGUUGCUUUAUUGCCAAGUCUAGCAGAAAAUAAUGAUGCAUUUUGUGUGUUAUUCAAAAAGUAAUUAGACGACUUUUCCAUUCUCCUUAGUCA